UCCCGCGGAGUCUUCCUCCUCCUCAGUAAAGCGAUUAUUUCUCACCGAAAAAGAACAAAACAAACCGUCCACUUACGCAGCCACCUUCCUCUCCACCACCAUUAUAUAGUCCUAGGGUUUACCCUGCAAAUCUUGUGGCUGCAGCUGGGGCUUUGGAGAAACCACCACCUAUUCUAACAUGGACGACUUUGAGCGCGCGAUCAUGCUCAUCUACAACUCCGCCGGUGGCAGCGCAGAAUCCAACCUCCUGUUACAAGCCAUUGAGUUCUGCGAAAGACUCAAAGCCGGGCCUCCUCCUACUGUCCUUCGCCUCUGCCUCGAUCGCCUUCAUCGUUCCCCUCUCGUUCCCGUCCAGUUCUGGUGCUUACAGUCACUACACGACGUCAUCCGCCUCUCCUACUCGGCACUCGAUGACCUCCCGCUCCUCCGCGCCUCUCUUUUGUCGCUCUUUUCAGAUCGCUUGUUUCCUUCUUCUUCCCCUCCAUUUCUUAAGAACAAGCUCGCGCAGGCACUUGCCGCACUCAUCCGCCUCGAGUACCCUUCUCCUUGGCCUUCACCUUUUCUCCAUCUCCUCUCUCUUUUGCCUUCUCCUGCAGCAGUAGACAUGUUCUCCCGCCUGCUUACUGCUCUUGAUGACGAUCUGAUUAGCCAGGACUACCAUCUUUCAUCUGAUGACGUUGCCGCCGCCACCCGCGUCAAGGACGCUAUGCGCCUUCAAUGCGUACCCCAGAUCGCACACGCAUGGUUCGACAUCGUCUCACUCUAUCGAUCCUCCGAUCCCGCGCUUGCCGCGGCUACUCUUGACGCUAUGCGUCGGUAUAUUGUCUGGAUCGACAUUAGCCUUGUUGCUAACGAUGCUUUCCUUCCCCUUCUAUUUGAUUUAAUCCUCUCCCACAACACUCCGGAGCCGCUUCGUGCUUCGUCUGCGGGAUGUGUUCUCGCGGUUGUGUCUAAACGGAUGGAGCCUCAUUCCAAGCUUAAUCUUCUCCGAUCCCUCCAGCUGAAUCGGGUUUUGGCUGAAUCCGAGUUGGUACAAAAGCUACCUGCGCUUGUUAUUGGGUAUGCUUCUGAGGCGUUGGAUUGUUAUAAAAGACUAGGUUCUCAAAACGAAGGGUCCUCUUCUGCGAUGGAGCUUUUGGAAGAGGCGUUGCCCACAGUUUUUUAUGUAAUGCAGACCUGUGAGGAGCUGGACGCUGGCAAUGUGGUUGAGCUCCUCUCGGAUUACAUAUCGACUAUGAAAAUGCCUUCACAAAAGCAAAUAGUUUACGUUGGUCAGAUGCUGGAGGUGAUUCGAGGGCAGAUUUGCUAUGAUCCUACUUUUCGAGAUAAUCUCGAUGUUCGUGACAAGAUUGGUAAGGAACAGGAGGAACAGAUGGCCGAACACCGGAAGGACUUAUUUCUGUUGUUCAGGAGUGUUUGCCGUGUAGCGCCGGAUGUUACACAAUUGUUUAUCCGCAACUUGAUAGCUAGUGCGCUUUUCUCCUCGGACAUGACUGUGGAGGAAGUUGAAGCUGCCCUGACAUUGUUCUACCGAUUAGGUGAGACGGUGAGUGAAGAUGGAAUGAAGACAGGGAGCGGAUUGUUAAGGGAGAUGGUACCGUUGCUUCUGUCUGCAAAGUUUUCAUGCCAUUCUCAUAGGUCGGUUGCCCUUGUAUAUUUGGAGACAAUCACUAGGUAUUUGAAGUUUGUGCAGGAGAAUGGACAGUAUAUACCCAAUGUACUUGCCGCAUUUUUGGAUGAGAGGGGGGUACAUCAUCCAAAUCUUAAUGUGAGCAGAAGAGCUAGCUACUUGUUUAUGAGAGCAGUGAAGCUACUGAAACCCAAGCUAGUGCCUUUCGUUGAUACAAUUCUACAAAGUUUACAAGAUGCUCUCGUUCAGUACACAAGUUCAGAUUGGACAUCCAAGGAUCUCAAGUAUUCUGGUUUUGAGGAUGGUAGUCAUGCAUUUGAGGCAAUUGGGUUGUUGAUUGGAGUGGAAGAAAUUUCUCCAGAAAAGCAGUCAGAAUACCUGGCAGCACUGCUUAAACCUCUUUAUGGACAAGUUGAGAUGCUACUCAUAGAUGCAAAGGCUGAAGGGCUCGAGGAAUCUUCACCUAAAGUUAUGAGCUCGCAACAGAUUAUUGUAGCUUUAAAUGCACUUAGCAAGAGAGGGAAUUCUCUCAUGUAUACUGAGCCGGUGUCGGUGAUAUUAGUAUUUGAUUGUUGGCUGAAGAAUUUGACUCCAUCUGAUAAAUAUGAGCGGACAGUGACAGCUAGUCGGCCUUCAAUUGGUUUGAUGUUCAAGCAGACUUUGGAUAUUCUCCUACAAAUACUUGUCACAUUUCCAAAUAUCAAACCUUUGCGUAAUAAGGUUACGUCAUAUCUUCAUCGCAUGGUUGAAAUAUUAGGAACAAUGGUAUUGCCCUAUCUCCCAAUGGCAUUAAACCAAUUGCUUGUGGAUAGUGAGCCAAAAGAUAUGGUGGAUUUUCUUGUCCUAAUCAAUCAAGUGAUUUGCAAAUUUGGGACCUCUUUGGAAAGCAUGUUGGAGGAAAUAUUCCCUACAAUAGCAAGCAGAGUAUUCCUUAUUCCAGCAAGCGAACCUUUGCCUUCUGGUCAUGGGAUAAAUACUGAGGAAAUACGUGAAUUGCAAGAACUUCAGCGAAUUUCAUAUGCCUUCAUUCAUGUUAUGGUGACUCAUGAUCUCUCUUCAGUUUUGCUUGCUCCAAAUAGUCGGGGUUAUUUGGACGCUAUAAUGCAGUUACUGUUGUUAACCUCAUGCAGUCAUAAAGACCUUCUUGUGAGGAAGAUGUGUGUACAGAUUUUUGUCAAACUUAUUAAAGACUGGUGCUCUAAUGAUGCUGGUGAAGAGAAGGUUCCUGGUUUUAGAGGCUUCAUUAUUAAUAAAUUUGCACCUAGCUGCUGCUUGUACAGUGUCUUGGACAAGUCAUUCGACUUUCGUGAUGCUAAUACGCUGAUUCUUUUUGGUGAAAUCAUAUUGGCUCAGAAGGUCAUGUAUGAAAAGUUUGGCGAUGAUUUUAUUGCUUACUUCAUCUCAAAUGGUCUCCUGGCUGCUCAGUGUCCGCAAGAUUCAGCAGAACAGUACUAUCAACAUUUGCAGGGAAAUGAUAACAAGGCUUUUAAAUCUUUCUACCAAUCUUUGAUUGAGAACUUGAGACAACAGCAAAAUGGCAGUCUUGUUUUCAGAUAACGCUAAAUUUAUGGGUAGCUUGAGACUCAAAUUUUUUUAUCGCUCUAUCCUUGAAGUUAAUAAGCAUUCUAGCAUUCAAGUUCAGGAUUGCAGUUUCUUCCCAAAGUAUAGUGCCUGUAACAUUUUUUAUCGUGAAGGAGAAAAAAAAAAGAUUACUGGAGUGUGCUCUCCUCUGCAGGGCCAUCACUCUGUGAGUGUAAAGCUGAGGUGCAAUGGGACCUGUAUAUUCUGUGCUUUCCUGUUCUACAAAACCUUCCAAGUCUUUUGCCAGUUUUGCAUUUUGACAUUACACGAGUUCAGAAAAUUUUUAAUCUUUCGGUCUUACUAACAUUUAUUUAUUUAUUUAUUUCUUUGACGACCUGUGCUAAGUAAAAAGUUGUGAUUAUGAAAAUUUUGGUUUGUAUUGUAAUGUAUGCCUUUCAGGUUUUGGGAUUCUUAUACAUUGUUGAUGUUGUUUUAUGUAAAAUAAUUUAUAUAUUUUAAGAAUGUUGGAAGAGGAAGAGAGAUUCUUGCUCUUUUUUUGA